GGACGAGAGACUCCUUGAUCAUAAAAACGGUACCGUUGAAAUGUUUUGAGCCUCCACGGGUCCGCAAGAAGGUGUAAACAUACCCGCCUCUUCGCCUCUCCCUUCGCUGAUGCUGGUAGGUCCUCCACGAUUAUCAACUCCAUUUUUAUAUCAGGAGCUGCCGAUACUAGGGCCUGCCUCAGGAGAAAUCCUGGGACACCUGUAGAACCAAGAUCAAGAUGAAGCAUCUCACCCUAGGGUCCGUGUGCCCACCAGCCGUGGCAGGCUUGCUACGCUGCUACAACAUGAAGUUCUGCCCCUUUGCCCAGCGGGCGUUGAUCAUCCUUGAAGCAAAGAAUGUCAAAUAUGAUAUUGUAAACAUUAACUUGAAACAGAAGCCAGAGUGGUUUUUUGAAAAGAGUCCUCUGGGGAAGGUGCCAUCCAUUGAGGUGGAUGGGAAGAUUAUGAGUGAGUCCCUGGUGAUCUGUGACUACCUGGAUGAGGUGUACCCCGAGCCUCCCCUGCAUUCUCCUGACCCCUGGAGGAAGGGCCAGGAUCGUAUGUUCUUGGAGAUAUUUGGCAAGGUAACAGGAGGAUUUUACAAUGUGUAUUUUUCAAGAGGAGACAAAGAUACACUGAACAAGGGCUUGACCAACGCCAGAGCUGGACUUGAUUCCUUUGAAACAGAACUGGCAAAGAGAAACACCAAGUUAUAUGGCGGAGAUAAACCUGGAAUGCUGGACUACAUGAUAUGGCCAUGGAUGGAGAGACUUCCUGUUGUUGAGAAAUUUUGUGAUCAAGCAGUUCUUACAGAAAACUGCUACCCUAAACUGUUCUCCUGGAGAGAAGAAAUGCAGAAAGAUUCUGCAGUAAAAGCAACUUGCAUCUCACCAGAAGUUCACUACAAGUACUUGCUCACCAGUUUGAGUGGUUUCCCAGAUUAUGAUAUGGAGGUUUGAUGUGGAAAGUUUAAGUUAGUGCCAAAAUUGAAUGAAUAUGUUUGAUAUUCUGUAUAGGAACAUGUAGAUUACUGGCUACUUUUGUUAAUUUGGCCUUUUCUCCUUACAGUUAGCAAUGCCAUCGCAUCUGUAGCUUCUUAAUCCAAAUGCUGCUGCAGACUUAAUUAAUAACCUUGCUUUAUUUCAUUGCUGAUCAUCUAUAUUAUUUAUAUCUUAAUAAAGAGAGCAUGGUUAAGUGGAUGUAUGUGUGUGGUGCUUUGUCUGGCCACCCUGUGUGGGAUUGCUGGCCUGAAUACUACUUAUAAAAUGAUUGAUCUUAGUAAAACAACAAAAAACUUAACUAUGAUCCCAUAGAAAAGUAAGAUUAAAGAGACAUGUCUGUGUUCUGGACAUGUCUUGAUGCUCCUCACCUUAAAUAGCUCAUGUCAUUGAAAAAAUGAAUAAUUGAGUGUUCCAGAACUUAUGAGAAAGAAGAAAGAAAGAGUGAAGACUCCAGAUAACUUAUGUUUAUGAGUUAUUUUGAUUAUUACUUAAUUAUUUGUUAGAUGAUUAUUCUUAAGUCUUUUAAGUCAUGUUCACCAGCAUUGGGUAUAAUGUAUCAUAUUGUUGGUUUACAGGCCUGACAUUUAAAUUUAAAGUUUAUAAAUUAGUGAUAAUUUUUCUAAAGUGCAGCAUGUAAUUACCACCAUUUUGGUCUCUUUAAACAACAAAUGUAAUUAUCAUUCAUUGAAUUAUGUAUGCUGUAUGAUAGUGUUUUUUCUGGGAUAUUGACAUUAUAUAGAAUUUAUUAUACAUAUUGUAAGACAACGUUGAAUCAGAAAAUGUGUUUAUUUUGCGAUGCAUAGUGAAGCAAAUUGAAGAGAAUAGUGAUGGUAGCCCUCCACCAAACUGUAGAGACAAGACAAGACUUGGUGUAGAAUUUGUUGAGCCAAGUAUUGUUAAUGGAUGAUUGAAAUCUGUAAUACAUUCCUGACAGCAGUGAUUAUUUUUCUGAAUAUUAUGACUAUGUUAUAUUAAAAGUGUGUCAGAUUUGCAAUAUAAAAGGCAAUACAUCUACUUAAAAUCUUACAACCUUGUUAAUAGCCAUUUUCUGCAGACAUUAUUUUCAUACCUUUAUAUAUGAUGGUACCUUGUAUAGUGGGAGGACAAUCAGGACACAGCCGAGCCCCUCUCUAUGGCUAGAGGACGGUGCUACUCCUCCACGUGUAUUAUAAAAGUUCACUGCAAGGGAUGGAGGAAGAGCACUCUGGCUCUUUACUCCAACUUUGUUAAGAUACAGUAGUUGAAUAACAUUGUAUGUGAACAUGUGUGCCAAGUAAAAUGAUGCCAUAUUG